AUGCUAGCUGACUUAUGUGGCCAUUUCGAAGCAGAAAUAAUAACGCCGGCGUAUCACCAGAGAAAAGGCGAACAGCCUCGAUUGGCCAAUGAAGCCGGCCCUGGGAAAGAGGGACAAGAUGUUUCGAGGCCUACAAAGGACGGAGACGAGGGUGAGGGGGGCAUCCCGGCAGUACCGCCGGAGCGAGAUGUCCAUACCUCUUCCCCAGGUACAAACGUAGACGUCUCUCAGUUGGGAAUGGGAUCUGGACCAGUGGCUGAAGAGCUGUUUACGGAACGCAAGGCCGUGGAAGAGAAAGGCCUGGAAAUUGAAGAAAUGUGUCCCGCCGCGAGUGCUUCCUCUGUGAAGACCCAGAGCAUCAACAAAGGCUGGACUUUGGCGGAACCGGCUCUGGCCCUGACGGAUCGAGAAGCUCGUCAAGAUAAGACCAAGACGCAAACCUCAGACCCCUUGGAUGUCACAUGGAGGCAGCUUAACAGUCUAGUUGAUUCGUACACUGGCGCCUUGAUUACCGCGAGUGACGUCCGGAGAGAUACGCUUACAAAGCGGGAAAGGGUCAUUGAACAGCUAGAGGCUCUCAUAUCGUCUUCUGACGCUCGUGUUCCCACCGACCUUCAAAAGGCGCUGUUGGAUUUGCAAGCAGUUGAACGGAAGCUCGAGGACGAGGACGAGGACUUGAUCCAACAAGGCUACCAGAUCGUGUCUCAGGGCUCAAGAAUCUUUGGACCUGCGGCGGAAGACUCUCUGGAAUUUCUACGGCAGCAGGACAUUGUCGUGCAAUCACCACACGGCGAAGACGGCGAAGAAGGUUCCGAGAUCUCUCAGAAUGAUAUACGUCGCGAUGAAAGUAUGGAUGCUCGGCUUUUCCUGUCCAAAAAGGGCGACGUUGACUUGCUUCUUGAAAGUUUAAUGGAACUUGAAGAAGAAGAAUUUCUAGCAGCUGAUGGUGCGGGCUUUGAGACAGACGAGCCAGCAAUACUAGAGACGCUUCAAACAAGAAAGCGAGAGCUCAUCCAGCGCCUUGACGAAGCUGAAGAAGAGCUUUUGCGACUCUGGCAAAAACUACCUGACCGCCAAGUGAGUAUCCCUGACGACCAGCUACGAAGCUCCGUCGAUGAAGAAAUGCCUGGAUCGGAGAUCUGGAAUCCAGACAACGAAGAUGUAUCAGAAGUGAAUGAGAACUCUGAGGAUAGCAACCAUCUCAUCCCCAGUGGCCAAAAGCAGGGUUAUCGCCAAAUCCUCAAUUAUGUUACCAACAACAUCUCUACCAGACCUAACAUACUGGUUGACGCCUAUCUACUCUACCAGCUGAGACAGCUUCCCGAAGAACAAGCGGCCUACGUCGAAGCCAUAAAAGGGGUCGUCAAAGGCACUCUCAUCCAGCGCCGUACCGAUCUGAAGCAUUUCAUGCUUAGUGACUGGUUUGAGGAUGUCCCCAACUCUAAAUCGACUCCCCAACAUAGCAAGUCCGCUAGGCGAUGGACUUCCAGUCCAAACAAGACCUCUCUUGCCAUGCACUCAAAUCAAACCCAAGUGACUCAUGGACAGAGCGAACCACUCAUGCCUCGUAAUUCUUCACGACACCGGGCUGGACCCGGUGCAGAGUACCCUACACCAGGUCCUUGGAAACUGAUUUUGAAUGGCAGGACGUCGCUUGGAUAG